AUGAAAGGCAGCAAACAUCCCGCACAACUUAAAGAAGGCUAUACUUUUGAAGACAUUAAAAACAUUGUUAAAGAAAAAUUUGGCUCUACUAACUAUCGACUUAUUGUCAAUGGACAAGAAAUACAAGACAAUGAUCCAGUUAAAUUUGCUGAAUUAAAAAAAUCGAUUAAAAAUCUUACAGUCAUAUAUGUUUGUCAACGAAUGGAUGGUGGCUCAGGUCUACUUGAUAUUGAUUCACAUAAGGCCACUCUAAUUGUUGAUAUUCAAGACGAGCUACGUAAAAUUCCAACUCAACAAACAAAUUCGACAUGCAUGAUUUGCACAGAAGAAAAAAGGUGCAUUAAAUUUUGUUGCAGUUCCAUUAUCUGCAAAGAAUGUUUUCCUAAUUAUUUCAUAUAUGGUGAUUUUAAAAUUAAAUGUCUUACAUGCAAUCAACUUGUAUCGCCAGCAAAAGUUUUUGUUACUCCUGAAUUUAUUCAAUCACUCGUUCAGUUAGAUGAAACAAAAACGAUGACACAAAAUAUUGAUUUUCAAAUAUGUACAUGUGGUGCAUUUUCUAUCAAUAGUACUAUGCAUGCAAAACAACGGUGUAACAAUUGCCAACGAUGGCUAUGUUUCUUUUGCAAUUCCGAUUGGGAUGAAACGGAAAGAAACAUGCGUAAUGAAAAGUACACAUGCAAAGUAAAUUGCUUUUGGGAAACCAAAAUUACUUAUCAAUUAGUCACACUUGAAUACAAUAAAAUUAUGAAAGUGCCAAAUCGACGGUGUUGUCCAAAAUGUCUCGAAUGUGGUUCGUAUGAUCAAAAGUGCAAAUAUCACAGUUGCAAAUGUGGUCAUAAAUUCUGUUUUAUCUGCCUCAACACAGAAGAAGAAUGUAAGCGUAUUUAUAAAUCUAGUUAUAACCGGCCAUGUGGCAAUAUAGCACAACAAACAUUUAAAAUAUUUCCGCGCCUUUGCCAAUAA